AUGGAGGAGCAGUCUGCAGGCUUUAUCUGGGCCGACUACGCAGUCUUUUCUGCCAUGUUGUUGUCCUCUAUGGCCAUCGGACUCUUCCAGGCCCUGAAGAAGGGGACAGGGAACGCCACUGCUGAUGACUUCUUCACCGGGGGUCGGAGCAUGCCGGCAGUGCCUGUUGGGCUCUCGCUCUGUGCCAGUUUUAUGUCAGCAGUCCAGGUUCUGGGUGUUCCUGCCGAGGCUUCUCGAUAUGGCUUUAAAUUCCUCUACAUGUGUCUCGGACAAAGCAUCAGUUCCCUGCUGACAGCUUACCUUUUCCUACCAGUUUUCUUUCGACUGGGCAUCACCAGCACCAAUCAGUAUCUGAAGCUGAGAUUUGGCAGAGGGAUGCAGCUGUUGGGGAGUAUCCAGUUUCUGGUGGCAACGCUGCUCUACACAGGGAUUGUCAUCUAUGCACCUGCAUUGAUCCUCAACCAAGCUACUGGACUCAAUAUAUGGGUGUCUCUGUUUUCUACUGGGAUCAUCUGCACACUGUACACCACUCUGGGUGGCAUGAAAGCUGUGAUCUGGACUGAUGUGUUCCAGAUUAUAGUCAUGUUGGCUGGCUUCAUGGCCAUUUUCAUCCAUGGUACAGUUCUGGUUGGUGGUCCUGCAGUGGUGCUGGAAAUCGCCAAAAAUGGAUCACGCAUUAAUUUCAAUGAUUUUAGUGUUGACCCGCGGCAGCGCUAUAGUUUCUGGAGCCUGUCUGUCGGAGGUUCAUUGGUUUGGCUGUCCAUGUACGGGGUAAACCAAGCUCAAGUCCAGCGCUACAUCUCCUGCAGAACAGAAAGAGAUGCCCAGUGGGCCCUGUUUGUGAAUCAAGUGGGUCUGUGCCUCAUUGUGAGCAGUGCAGCAACCUGCGGCAUCGUCAUGUUUGCUUAUUACAUCAGCUGUGAUCCACUGAAGUCUGGGAGAAUUUCUGCCCCGGAUCUGUACAUGCCAUAUUUCGUGUUGGACAUAUUCAGAAAUCACCCUGGAUUUCCAGGUCUUUUCCUUGCCUGUGCAUACAGCGGGACGCUGAGCACGGCCUCCACAAGUAUCAAUGCAAUGGCUGCAGUAACAAUGGAGGACCUGCUGAAGCCUCGUCUGUUCCUCAUGACCCAGAAGAAAUUGGUACUCGUUUCCAAAGGACUGUCGUUCCUGUAUGGAGUUGGUUGUAUUACAGUUGCAGCUCUCACCUCAUUCUUGGACUGGGGAGUUCUUCAGGGAUCGUUCACAGUCAUGGGUGUGGUCAGUGGUCCAUUACUGGGUGUAUUCAUUUUGGGGAUGUUUAUCCCAGCAACAAACAGGCUGGGGGCGUUCUCAGGAAUCUUAGUUGGCUACUGUGUCUCUCUGUGGCUGGCUGUUGGUUCAACUCUUUACCCUCCCAGUGAGGAUACCAUGGGUGUGCUGCACAGCUACACAGACGAAUGUGGAUCCAGCAACAUCACCAUGACCAGCAGCCCUCAUCAGGACCAACACUCCAUCUCCACAAAGCCUUACCCCGAUGACCAGGGGGGCCUGCUUAACUUCUACUCCCUGUCCUACCUCUACUUUGGUGCCAUGGCAACUAGUUCGGUCGUGCUAGCUGGGCUGAUAGUAAGCUAUGCAACAGGACCAACAAAGAGGAUUCAUAUUAAAGAGGGUUUGUUAUGGUGGGAUCUGAACAAAAAGCAAGUAGAGGUCCAAUCAGAGCGCAGAACUGGAACAACGUCCAGAAUGUUUUCCUGUCUUCUGCACAAUGCAUGCUGGGACACGCUGCAGCCGCCUGUGAGUCUGAAUAGCAAUAACCAGGGAGACCAGGAAACAGAUAAACCACAGCUUGUGCCGUUGAGGGACAUGCAUAAAGAAGACACAAAAGAAGGAGAACCAACAGAUGUUGGGAAUAUUGACUCACCACUCAGAGUUUAG